GGCUGGCUCGCUCAGUUCUCCAUUUUGUAUGUUUUUUCCUGGAGGUUAGUUAGCGCCUACUUUCCAUAAUGGCUAGCUGCGACUCUCCACAGCUCAAACCAGUUUAACGCAGUUUGCAUGCCAAUUUUCAGCUAGAUUGCACUGGAAGAUUGAAAACUGAUAAAACAUACUCAGCUUGUCGUGUUUGUGUCCUUCUAUCAAGCCAUGUAGCUUGGAUACGACGUGUGAGGAGCAACGUUAACAAACAUUGAAUCAGUGAUGCUGUUGUGAACUGUCUGCCACUUUCAACCAAAACAAUGUUGACAGAAGACCUGUGGACACAUGCCAACAAUCAGUCAUUUCAAGGAUGGACAAAGGUGGAGUGAAGAAGAUAUCAUAUAGAAGAGAUGACCAUUUAAGUACAUUGGUCUACUCUGAAAGCCCUGAGGAGGGAGGUCUGUUGAAAGUGGCUCCUCACAGUGCCAUGUCCAUCACCUCUGCCACCUCAGUCAUUCUUUCAUCUAGCCCGUUGAUGAAGCCAGGACAGGUACCUAACGGCCUCAGCAAAAGCCCCCUUUCAGAAGAGCUCACACCCAUCACUGCCACUGUAGGCCCCCUGCUUGAAGACCCAGAGCCCAGGGGCCUGACCAAAGAUCAGAAGCUUCAGCAGCAACAGUUACUCCAGACCCAGACUUCCACUACGUUUGGGUGUCAAACCUUGAGGGAACAUUUGCCCCAGUUGCAGGCCAGUAUAGCAGACAAUACCCAGUCCUGCAUGGAUUCACUUAUUGGUGGAUCAGAUCCCAAUUUAUUCCACAUGAAAACAGAGGAUUUCUCCAUGGAAGAAAAAGGAGACCAGGAUCCCACUGACCUUGAUCAAGGCUUUGAUCACAUUGGAAAAGAUGUGGACGUGAACCAGAAAUUUUUCAGCGACAACACUAUGGACCUGCUCCAAGACCUCGAGCUCGUUGGGUCCCCGUCAGAUUUUUAUGUAGGGGAUGAGGCCUUCCUGUCCACUCUGGCAGACGAUUCUCUAUUGGGUGAUGUUAGCUCAGAGAGGGACAUAAAGCCUACCGUGGUUGAGAGCAUUAACGGCAGUGGGACAGUCUCUCUUGCUCUAAAUGGCAGCUAUAUGACUAGUCCAGAUCAGUCCAGUGCUAGCAUAUCCACAACUGGCUCCUCAACCCCUGCAACCACUUUGUCUGCGUUGGUGAAGAAAGGAAAAGAUGCUGGCUUCAUUGAGCUCUGCACCCAAGGUGUGAUCAAACAGGAGAAGACAUCUGCAGGCCAGAGUUAUUGCCAAAUGAGCGGCAUGUCCUCCACAGACAUGCCCAGCUCUAACCCCAUCUCCAUCUGUGGGGUCAGUACUUCAGGAGGACAGAGUUACCACUUUGGAGUCAAGACAAGCGGCAAUGAAGCUCAGCAGCAGAAGGAUCUGAAGCUAGUGUCCAGCCUGUAUCUCCCAGUGACAACCAUUGGUGGGGCCUGGAACAGAAUCCAGAGUGUGGGGGACAACUCUGCAAUGGUCAGGGCCAGUGAGGCUUUCUCAAGCUCUCCCUCUUACCCCACUUGCUUUGCCAGUCCGAACUCCAGACAGGAAGUGGUCCCAGCUACAUCCUCAACACAGGGAAAGAGCGGGACUCAUAAGAUCUGCCUGGUGUGCUCUGACGAGGCUUCAGGCUGCCACUACGGCGUUCUCACUUGUGGCAGCUGCAAGGUCUUCUUCAAGAGAGCAGUGGAAGGGCAGCAUAAUUACCUGUGUGCUGGGAGGAACGACUGCAUAAUAGACAAGAUCAGGAGGAAGAACUGCCCGGCCUGCCGCUUUCGCAAGUGUCUAAUGGCAGGCAUGAACCUGGAAGCGCGCAAAACCAAGAAGUUAAAUCGUUUAAAGGGCACCCAGCAGAGCAACCCGCCUGAGCUGACUCCAUCUCCGCCAGUUGAGGCUCGCCCUCUUUUACCAAAGUGCAUGCCUCAACUUGUUCCCACAAUGUUGUCCCUGCUAAAGGCCAUCGAGCCAGACACCAUCUGCGCCGGCUACGACAACACCCUGCCUGACACCUCCACCCGCCUCAUGACCACGCUCAACAGGCUGGGCGGCCGGCAGGUCAUCUCUGCUGUCAAGUGGGCCAAGGCUCUGCCAGGGUUCAGGAACCUGCACCUGGACGACCAGAUGACUCUGCUGCAGUGCUCCUGGCUCUUCCUCAUGUCUUUCGGCCUGGGCUGGAGAUCUUACCAGCAGUGCAACGGCAACAUGCUCUGCUUCGCACCGGACCUCGUCAUCAACGAGGAUCGGAUGAAGCUGCCCUACAUGGCCGACCAGUGCGAGCAGAUGCUAAAGAUUUCCAGCGAGUUUGUCCGGCUGCAGGUUUCCAACGACGAGUAUUUGUGCAUGAAGGUCCUGCUGCUGCUCAGCACAGUGCCAAAGGACGGCCUGAAGAGCCAGGCAGUGUUUGACGAUAUUCGGAUGUCGUACAUUAAGGAGCUGGGGAAAGCCAUCGUGAAGCGCGAGGAGAACUCCAGCCAGAACUGGCAGCGUUUCUAUCAGCUCACCAAGCUGCUUGACUCCAUGCAUGAGAUGGUCGGUGGACUGCUCAGCUUCUGCUUCUACACCUUUGUGAAUAAGUCCCUGAGUGUGGAGUUCCCGGAGAUGCUCGCAGAGAUCAUCAGCAACCAGUUGCCAAAAUUCAAGGCUGGAAGCGUCAAACCUCUCCUCUUCCAUCAGAGAUGACUGUGCCCCGUAAGAGACACAAUGCCUUAAAAUCCCACCACAUCACCUCACCGAUUUCUCCCCCCCCUUCCCCCC